AUGACUGACCAGACGCCACUUAUUCCACAAUUGCGCGAGGCGCAAGGCCCAGUGAAGAACCUCAUCGUCUAUUCAGUGACCAUAAUUGCUGUCCCAUUGAUCUCGAUGUUUUUGCUUAAAAUGUUCCUCUUCCAAGGGAUCCUUGGCUACGGGCACGACGACGCCGUUCUCUACUCUGCCAUCUGCGCCGUGGUGCUUGUUCACGUCGUCCUCUUGUUCUGGAUCUUCUCAGCCACUAGCGCCCCGAAGACCGUCAAGAAGGAU